AUGACCACCUUCCCUUUUCUCCAUCCCUGCCCAAUCCGUCGCAGGCCUCGCCUAUGCAAAACCUGUCUCCCCUGCCGAGCCAGUAAAGUGCGCUGCGAUCGCAACCUGCCGUGCGGGAACUGCGCAAAGCGCAACUUCACCUGCUCCUAUAGCCAGGCGCCGCUGUCCACUGGCGCGACGAUACCACAUCUACCACCACAAUCACAAUCACAAUCACAACAACCACCGUCUACAUUACUGCCGUCGCUGCAGCAGCAUAUUAUACAGAGAGAGAUAUGUCCGAGGAACAACCCGUAUCCUAGCGUGACUGUAACGCCGUCGGACACGUCGAUCCCGUCGGCCCGGUUUACGCCCGAUCAGAGUCGGUUUCAAUACGCUGCUGGGAACUAUGAGGCUGGGAUGGAUUGCGAUGGGGUUGUGGGGGACGAUGAGGGCGAUGACGAUGACGAGGAUGAGGACGAUCCGUCGGAUACGGUGAAUAUCUCGCAGGCGGAAUGGGAGGAUAUACAUACGAAGAUGGGCGCGAUGGAGCAGAUUCUCAACAGUCUGCAUUUGCUAUUCCAGUCGCAUUCGGGGCGUCGUUGCAAAGGUCCUGAACCUCCACCACCACCACCACCACCGUCGACAUCCUCACCCUCUACAUCAUCGAUUAAAGAAUCUCCGUUACUGAAAAAGGGUACUAUACAUAUUGGUCCAAGGUCUGCGUUGGUGGAUAUCUUCAAUAAGUCGAAGACUUCCGAUGACACGGCCCGGGCAUUGCCAAAGGAUGAUCUGCUUGCGGAGUUGGCGCUGGGGAAUCAGUCUGUUGCUUAUCCGUUUGUCGAUCUUUGGUCGUCGGACCCGUUUACGUUUAAUAUUGUUGCAGUAUGUGAUGUGUUACCGGUGGAUGUGCAAUGUCAUAGAUUUUUCGAUUACUACAAAAAUAUCGGCGCUGUUUUAUACCCCGUUCUUUCAGAUAUCGCUCAAGUCGAGCAAAGUGUACAGCAAUUACUACGGAAUCGCGCAGCAGCUGGAGGAGGAUACCAUCCAGAUGAUAAUGGCCUAGUGAAACCGUUUGGUAUGAGUUUGGGCUUUUUGAGUCUUCUCUUUGCCAUUCUUGCCUCUGGUUGCCAGUUGUCUGAUCUGUCUGCCAGUGAGCGGGAGUUGACUUCGUGGGUUUAUGUGUCUUGCUCGUAUCAGUGCUUGCGGAUGAUGAAUUAUGUCGCGCAACCCACUGUAGAGGUUAUACAGAUCUUGUUGAUUAUUAGCAAUGUUUUGUCGUAUAAUAUGAAUGCCGGCGCCUCGUAUACCCUGCUUGGAAUGACGGAGCGAAUGUGCAUGGUCCUCGGUCUUCAUGUUGAAACGCCAGGAUUUUCGCGGUCUGAGCAAGCGGUUCGCAGAAAAAUAUGGUGGACGAUGGCUUUCCAAAACAGCCAUUUCUCGCUAGCCUAUGACCGACCAUCUAUCACCAUGAUUAGUCAACCAGAGAUACCAUAUGACCGUAAAUCGAUGCCCGGACAUCGGUCGUAUUUCGAGUCACUCUGCCGGGUAGUGUUGCUAGCACUCGAAGUGCUUCGAAGACGGCUAGACCCGGAACAUUCCCAUGUCCGAUAUCACGAUAUCCGCGAAUAUAAGCAGCGCAUGCAUCGCAUUCUGGCAGAAGCUGCCCCGCACUUGCGAUUCGCAGACCGUUGCGCCACAAUAGCUGAUAACAUAGAGCGCACCGAGUUGCGACUGCAUUCGUGUUACCUGAUCUCCGUGCUGUGUCGGGUUUCGCUGGACCCAGACUCGCAUCUGGACGGCAAUCGCCGCGCCUUGGUUCGUGAGGACUGUAUAGCGAACCUCAUCGGGACUAUCGAAGCAUUCGUCGAGCUACACUCGAUCAACCACCAUUGUUCGCGCUCCUGGAUCAGCGUACAGCGCGCAAUCGCAUGCGCAUUCCUCCUAGUCGCCCAUGACGGCCAAUCCCACCCCCAAACACGUUUCCUAAUACAAAAGCUCCAAGACGUUCUCGCAGACCACGUAUACGCCGACGGCGCAGUAGCCCACAACAGCCGCACCGACUCAGCCAAACAUCUGGCAACCUCCCUCCGUGCCCUCCGUGAAAUCAGCGCGGCGUUCCAGGCACGACAAAUGCGCACACCUCCUGAUAGCGGCGUUGUGUCCAAGUCGGAUACUCCCAAUAUAACCGUGACGGUGCCGGCGACUUCAGGGUCGAUGAUGGUUAAUCCGGGUAUGGCAGCACCUGCAAUGCCGGGAUACGGCCAGGACCAGAGUUAUGCCCCCAUGGAAUACGAGUAUCCAGAUAUGCGCAAUAUCCUGGACCAGGUUUCAGAUGUCAUGUUGUUUCCGAGUAUGUCGGAAUUAUAG